AUGUAUCAGACUAUGAAACCUUGGAAACGAGAUAUCCAUGACAGCGCAGAAGCCAAAUGGUUUUUGUCAAAGGUUCAGGAUGAAUUUAGAGGUGGAAAAAUCAACAUUGAAAAUACUUACAGAUUACUUGAAAAACUAAAUAUUCAGUGCAACUUUGCUCAUGUAAAACAUAUUUUUAAGGACAAUGACAGACAGAAACUAGGACGAAUCACCAUUGAGGAAUUUAGAGCAAUUUAUCGGUGUAUUGUGCACAGAGAAGAAAUUAUUGAGAUUUUCAACACGUAUUCUGAAAACCGGAAAAUACUUUCUGAAAAAAAUCUGGCUGAAUUUCUAACUCAAGAACAAUACAUAUUGGAGAAGAAGGAUCACUCUACUUCAAAGGCGAUCAUUGAAAAAUACGAGCCUAUUGAUGAAGUUAAAAAAGACUGCAAGAUGUCGUUUGAAGGCUUUGUAAGAUACAUGUCUUCACCUGAAUGCCUGCUUUUUAAAGAGGAGUGUAAAAAAGUUUAUCAAGAUAUGAAUCAACCGCUAAAUCACUAUUUCAUUUCAUCUUCGCAUAACACAUAUUUGAUAUCUGAUCAGUUAGUAGGACCAAGUGACCUUUGGGGAUAUGUAAGUGCCCUCGUGAAAGGCUGCCGCUGUCUGGAAAUUGACUGCUGGGAUGGAGCACAGAACGAACCUGUUGUAUACCACGGUUAUACUCUCACCAGUAAGCUUAUGUUUAAAACUGUAAUCCAGGCAAUAAAAAAGUAUGCCUUCAUGGCACUAAAAUUCAAAAUAUUAGUGAAAAAUAAGAAAAUAGGAACCUUACUGGAAACACGUCAAAGGAAAGGUUCUGAUAAACAUGGCCAGGCGGCUGAAUGGGAUGAAGACGUAACAGAGCCCGACGAUCAGGAAGAAGUCAUGAGAGAACCUGAAACUCGAGAUAUCUUUUUGUUAAGAAUCCAGAAAGAAAAGGAGGAGGAGUUUCCAAAGCUAUCUCGAUCGGGACCUUUCACGAGAAGGGAGAUCAGGAAGAAAAAAAUAGCUCUGGCCUUAUCUGAUCUUGUCAUUUAUACUAAAGCUGAGAGAUUCAGAAGCUUCCAGUAUUCAAGACUCUAUCAGGAAUUUAACGAGACUAAUUCUAUCGGGGAAUCUCGAGCCCGGAAACUUUCCAAAUUGAGAGCCCAUGAGUUUAUUUUUCACACCAGGACUUUCAUUACCAGAGUAUAUCCCAGAUCAACAAGAGCAGACUCUUCUAAUUUUAACCCUCAAGAGUUUUGGAAUGUAGGUUGUCAAAUGGUGGCCUUAAAUUUCCAGACCCCUGGACUGCCUAUGGACUUGCAAAAUGGGAAAUUUUUGGAUAAUGGAGGCUCUGGAUAUAUUUUGAAGCCAUAUUUCUUAAGAGAUACAACACUAAGCUUUAACCCAAGUGGAGAGGUUGGAGAAGGCCAUCCAAUUACACUUACAAUACGGCUCAUCAGUGGAAUCCAGUUGCCUGUGAGCUUAUUCUCCAACAAAGCCAACACACUAGUGAUCAUAGAAGUUUAUGGCGUUCCAAAUGACCACAUAAAACAGCAGACUCAUGUUAUUAAGAAAAACGCUUUUAGUCCAAGAUGGAAUGAAACGUUCACGUUUGUUAUUCAAGUACCAGAAUUGGCAUUGAUACGUUUUGUUGUUGAAACUCAAAGCUUGAUAGCAGGAAAUGAAUUUCUUGGGCAAUAUACUUUACCAGUUCUCUGUAUGAACAAAGAAAUUGCAGAGCCAGAGAUUGACAGCACAGCCUUUUAA